AUGCCUAUCGGAGAAGACAAGAAGUCUGGAGUCGCCGGAGGAGUGACUGCAGUCACCUCGACCAUCGGCAAUGGUGUCGGUGGUCUCUUGGGCACUGUUGGUGGUGUCACUGGUGCUGCUACUCGAGGAAGCAACGCUGGAAAGCCACUCGGCGAUGCCUUGGCCUCGCUCGGAAACGGUGUCGAGGAUGGAACCAACAAUAUUGCUCGUGGUGUUGAGGCCGCUGGGCAGGGCAAGAAGGCUUGGUGA